AAAGGUCGCUUGGCAUCUGGGAUAUUAGACGUUAGUGACGGGAGCUGUCAAAAAUUGUUGGUUUCACUGAACGAUGGCGUCCGAGAAACCCGGGAGCAUUGAAAGAGGUGGUGACGAACUCCUCGAAAACCUGCAGGAUUUUGGAAACAGCCUUUUAGCGAUGGAAAACAUGGACCGAUCCUCUCCGGAAAUGUGGCCGGAAAAAGUGCCUGGCGUAACCGAUUUUAUAAACAGUUACAACAGCACGCAUAUUCCACCAAAGAUGCCAUAUUCCAAGGAAAUGAUGGAGGAGGAUCGAAUUUAUAUACAACAAUUAGCAAGUCUCCCAGCCUCAAGCCUGAUAGCAAAAGUAAAAGAGCUACACGACAUUGCUUAUCAAUUAGGAGUAGAAGAGUCCAAAGAAAUUUCCAGAGGAAAAUGUCUUAAUAUUUUUAGAAAUAGCAAUAAGGAUAAAGGCGAGAAAUAAAUUAGUUUUAGACAUUCAAGACUGUGAUUUUGUUUUAAAUGUAUGUUUAGGAAAUAAAUUUAAUUUAUUGUUUAUAA